AUGUGCUCGUUCCUAGCGGCGAACCAGCUGAUCGCGAACCUGGCGUUCGUGAACUUCUUUCUGCGACCACGGGGGCCGGAUGCCACCUCGCACGUGCGGAUGCAUGGCUUUGACUUUGUCCACAACCUGCUGCACAUGACUGGUGAGAGGAGGCCCCAGCCGUUCUUCUCACACGACGGUCGCAUUCUGGCGCUCUUCAAUGGGGAGAUCUACAACUGGCGGAAGCUCAGCCAAGACGCGGAGGAGCAGGGGCUUCCGGCCUUCCAGUCGGAUGGGGAGGCCAUCCUGCCGGCCUACCAGACAGCAGGCGAGUCCUUCCCCUUGGCGCUGCAAGGGGAGUUUGCCAUCGCAAUCUUCGACUUUGAGAGUCAGAAGGCAGUCUUUGCCACUGACGUCUUCGGGACGAAGCCUUUGUGGUAUUCUCUAUCCUUCAGAAAGCAGAAGUUGGCAGUGGCCUCUUACAAGAGCGGCCUUCUGCGGCUCGGCUUCCGCAGCCAGGACAUCCAUAUGGUGGGCCCCAACCGGAUCUUGACGAUUUGCCUCCAGAGCUUCCGGGUUUUGAAGCAGACCUCGGCCUUCGAGUUUGACCUCCGGCAGUUCAAGACCUCCACGGAUGACUUCAUCCACGCCUUCAAUCGGGCGGUGAAGCUGCGCACGGAUGACUUGGCGCCGACGGGGCGCCCGCUGUUUGUGGGCCUUUCAUCCGGCUUCGACUCGGGGGCCAUCCACGCGUCGCUGCAUCAGCAGGCGGUGCGGCAUCACGCCUUUGCGCUCCUCGCGGAGGAGAUGCCGCAGAUGCUCCACGACCGCGCCAUCUACGCCAAGGCCUCCUCCGAGGUCUCAGUGGUGCUCAUGAACGACUUGGACUUCGAUUUGGAACGGCGCUGGCUGUCGGAGCGUGCCGAGCCGUUCACGUAUCUGGGCAAGAACUUCACGGGCCAGCGCAAUGUCCUGGACGACUUCGCGGCAAUUGGGCUGAGUUACAUCGUCCGCUUGAGCCGGGACCGAGGGGCGCUGUGCUACCUGUCCGGAACUGGCGCUGACGAGAUUCUCAGCGACUACGGCUUCGCGGGCAAGAAGUGGUGCCCCCAGUCCUCCUUCGGCGGGCUUUUCCCCGAGAACUUGUCCACGAUCUUCCCCUGGGCAGAGUUCUUCCUGUCCACGCAGCGGGACUACCUGCACAAGGAAGAGCAUGUGGCAGGAGCCCACGGCGUUGAGGGGCGGUAUCCCUUCCUGGACCCUCGCGUGGUGCAGGAGUACCUUUGGCUCGCCCCGGAGGUGAAGAAUCGUGAGUACAAGGCGCCCUUGCACGACGCCUUUCAAAGCUGGGGUUACCCCUUCGAGAAGCGCAAGAAGACGGGCUUCGCGGCCAAGGCCAACUUGGUCUCCGAUACUUCCAGCGUUCUCUGGCGCUACAACGCCCACCCCGCUCCUGCCUGUGGCUUGCCGCCCCCUGCGCCCCAGCAGCUGGCAAUCUGCGAGGACGGGCCGGCUGCUUCGCAGCCGCGCUGCGAGGCCCGGUGCGCGGCGCUUGGGAGGCCGCUGGUGGACACCUUGCGCUGCGGGCAUUUGGGCGCCUGGGUGGGCCGCCUGGACUGUGCCAGGGACGGCGGCGGUGGCGGCGACGACGGCGCCACGCUGUGGCCGGAAGAGGGGCCGCGGCCCCCGCUGGUGAUAGAGCGCCCGCUGUGA